CACGAUGCCGCUAAACUUCGGCGCCGCGCCGCUUCCAGUCCGAUCUGUCCCACGGCCGAGCCAAAUCUUCGCCUCUCGCCAUCUCGGGAGUUUUCUUGGGCACAUCACCAACCGCACCAACAUUCUUCGAGCGAUGCGCUGAGCGCACUCCCGCACUGCUGGCCAUGCAGUGGCCCGGUUUCGUGCUGAAGACAACCGUAGUGAUUUGGCUAGCGGUAUUGGGCCAAAAUGGGGCUAAAGCAGAAGCCAAUGUUGGUUGCCUUUACAGCGAGAGAAUGUGCUUGGAAAAUGAAUGGUGCUAUGAUGAUCUAGCGUUUGGCAGAUGCUUGAGGCCAAUGGGCGAUGUGGAUGAGGAGGAUCUUGUUAGGUAUGAAUUAGAACGAGAAGGGUUGCAUGAAUUGCAUGGAGAGCUUCAGCGACUGUUUGCUUUGGGAUACAGGUGGAACCAUGCCUACACACAAUGCCGGCUGCAAGAGAUGUUGUUUGCUUUCAAAAAUGAUUUGACCUUCGACCCCAACACAUGUGCUCACCUGACAGACAACGACCUUGAGGGGGCGCUGCGUGCUCUGGAAGGUCAGGUGUCCAUUAAUCCUCAGGAGAUCGCCGUAAUCAAGUAUACGCCCAGCGAAGCGGACCCCCACGGACCGUUUGCAGAUGAAGUGUUUUAUCCUCCAGCGGGAGCUUUGGAGGAGAGGGAGAGGAUGGAGAACAGGAGGAAAAUCUUGUCACCGAAUGCCAUUGAAUUGGACCUUCCAGACCCAUACGCGGACUAUGCGGUAGCAAAGAGGAACUGGAUCCCUCAAAUGCGUCGCAGAACGCCCCCUAGGUACCCUGUCACCAACGAUCCAGUCGAUUCUCUGGAGUUUUUAGAAGCGCUCGACAAUGAUACUCCCUUGACGAACUAUGAACUAAAGGACAAUAAGCUUACCUUGGCAGAGACGACUGAAAUGUAUCCGGUGAUAAAAUUUCUCAACGACCUGCAUCUAACACCCCGAGAAAUCCAACAAUUCAUCAGCCCCGAAAACUACGAGAACCUGGCCGAAUUAUUGAGUCGAUUUGACAGAAUGUACGGCCAACAGUACGACAUUCAGGAGCUGGUCAGAAAGCAGCUGGAAGCUGAUGAGGAAGCUGAAAAUGCAGCUGCGGAGGAGAGAUUCACGGCCAAUUACAAUACUCCGGCAAAUUUUAGGGCGGGGUUUGAAUCCAAGGAUAGUAAUAUGAAUGAGGGUAAUGAGUUACCAGAAUCCAGGAUAUAUUUUGAUGAAGAGGAGGCUGGUGACGAUGGUGGGGAGUAUGGAAGUGGCCACUCAGCAGGGAUAUUUAGAGAAAGGCGGUUAGAACAUGAUCUUCCAAAGAACGGAGAAAUAUUCAGAGAACUGACAAAUAAACAACACGAUGAUGCGCCACCAAAAAUAUACACGGAAGGAGGAGUUGUGUGGAGUGAUCCUGUGGAAGAUAUACCUGAGGAGAAUAAUGACAAAUUGUAUAGAAGGUUAAGAAAUAUGGGUUUCAAAAGACCAGAAAGGUUAGACGUCAAAAAACCUGGACCUCGGUUUGACACAGACAUACCAGGAUCUGCUCAAAAAGGAGACAAACCAGAGCACAAUUCUGAAACUUUAACUGCACCUGUCAUGAUGAAGAAACAACCUAGUGAAAUAGAUAAUAAUGAUGACAAUGAUUUCGUGCACAUCGAAUUGAAGAACGGAUUGAAAUCUUGGACUCAAGGUGUGGACAUUUUGAAAACAAUCCAACGGCUCUUAAACGUACAAACGGGAAUUUUUUCGCACAGCAUGUACAAGCCAUAUUCGAUUACAUUCAAGGUGGAGCCGAAUAAUACAGGAUACAAUUCCUACCAAGUCGCUAAGAAAAUACGUGAUAUAAUUAGUCAAUUACAGGAUCUAGAAGGAAUUGAAAUUGUGUCUGUUGGAUACGGCGAUAUGCAAGAUGUAAGGGAAACAGUUGCACUAGAUGGUUCUGAUCACGAUGAGAAAACUGGAAAAAUCAGGCCCACCAAAAUAAAGAAAGAACCAAGAGGAAUGUAUAGGUACCUGUCGGAUCACGGUCAACUGAAAAACGGUGAUAUGGAAUACGUUUACGUUGAAUUUGUGAAUGGUUUGAAAAGUUGGAGUCAGGGUAGCACCAUAAUCAGGAACAUUUCCAACAUGUUGCAUUUGGAGCCUACAGCAUUCACUGAUGGAAAGAUUGAUCCAAAUUCGGUCAUAUUCAAAGUGAAGCAGAACAGCAAAGGAUUAAAUGCCAGUGAGGUUGCUAGAAGAAUUCUGCAAGAAAGAGAUAAAGUCAAGGAAGUUACUGGAAUAGACAUUAUCUCCGUUGGAGUUGGUGACAAGGAAGAAAGACAAUCAGUGAUGUCCAUACCAUUAUCAGCUGACCAUCAAUUCUAUGUGAUCACAUUUUUGGUAUGCGGAAUUUUGGCGGCAACAAUUGUUGCUGUCAUUGUAUUGAUCUUCAUACGCAGACACAUCAAAUCUAAAGAAAAAUCACAUGGAUUAGCGAGAGGAGAUGCCGAAUCAAGCACAAACAGUCAUGGCACACCUAAAAAGAAUCCACCAUCCGGCAAAGAUGUUCAUGGAGGGCGAGUUACAUCUCUAUCAAGGGAAUCUGAACAAAGCCCAUCCAGUAGAAGUAGUACCUCAUCAUGGAGUGAGGAGCCAGCUCUACACAAUAUGGACAUCUCUACAGGUCACAUGGUGCUCAGCUACAUGGAGGACCACCUGAAGAACAAAGACCGCCUGGAGCAGGAAUGGGUGGCCUUAUGCGCCUACGUAGCCGAACCUUGUGAAACCGCAGUGGCUAACAAACCUGAAAACAAGGAUAAGAACCGGUACCCCGAUGUAGUGCCCUACGAUCACGCUCGUGUCGUUCUGAAUGAGCUAUCAAACUCAUCCGGUUCUGAUUAUAUCAACGCAUCUUCUAUCACGGAUCAUGACCCAAGGAACCCAGCUUACAUCGCUACGCAAGGCCCAUUGCCCCACACCGCACCAGAUUUUUGGCAGCUUAUCUGGGAACAAGGCGCGGUUGUUAUUGUUAUGUUAACUAGGCUCACUGAAGGAGGAACAGCAAUGUGUCACCGAUACUGGCCGGAAGAGGGUUCCGAGCUCUACCACAUCUACGAGGUACAUUUGGUCAGCGAGCACAUCUGGUGCGACGACUACCUAGUCAGAUCUUUCUAUCUUAAGAACGUAAGGACUGGAGAAACCAGGACGGUUACUCAGUUCCAUUUCUUAUCUUGGCCAGAAUCUGGAGUCCCAUCUUCUACGAAGGCACUGCUCGAAUUCAGACGGAAAGUGAACAAGUCGUACCGCGGCCGUUCCUGUCCGAUAGUGGUGCACUGCAGUGACGGUGCGGGUCGUACCGGUACGUACUGUCUGAUCGACAUGGUGUUGGGCCGCAUGGCAAAGGGUGCCAAGGAAAUUGAUAUCGCAGCCACCUUGGAACAUCUGAGAGACCAACGAGUCAAAAUGGUUGCCACCAAACAGCAGUUUGAGUUUGUACUUACAGCGGUCGCAGAAGAGGUGCAUGCUAUAUUAAAGGCACUCCCUCCUCAAGCAAAUUCCGCCACGACUCAAGAAAAAGAAAAAUGAACGAUGGACCUCCAGCUCCAAACAGACAAAAGUUAACUUCCAAUCUGGGAAAUAGAUUUUCUUUCGUUACUCUUUGGCUUUGUAGGUAAAGCCAUAAGAGUUAUUUGUGUCACCUGAAACCUUUUAGUUCCAGAAACAAGUCUAGUCAAUAUAAAAUAAGGAUAACCCUAAGAACAAUACAUUGAGCAAAAGUACAAAUUAGCAAAUUUUCACAAAUCUUUUGUCUGUCUGGAUUUUUCAACAAGCAUUCGAAGGUUAGACCUAAUGCCGUCCAGCCCUAUUAGGUCUAAUUUUCCCGGUUUUAAAAACAGUGUGUAUUUUAUGUACCUUCAGUAUGUUAUCUUUCCGACAUAUCCGUUGAUCAAGGUUUCCUGGAUCGAAGUACUUAAAUAUCUAUAAAGCAAGCUAAACUUGCUCGGUUUUGCUUUACAACCAUGCAUACAGGGUGUUCCAAAUUUAUGUGUUAAAUGAGUGAUGCUGAACUUGCAAGAACAAAAAUAUAAAAAGCCAUACAACAAAUGUAUUGUAUCUAUUGUUUUCAAAGGAUAUGAAUAUUGGAACCUUCAUAUCAAGGCUUAUUGUCUGUGCAUUUUAUGGAAAGUAUAGUUGUUUCUAAAUUGUCUCUUCUCAGUGUAAGAUACCAUCCUAAAUAGCUUGAAGUUUCCUCAGUAGAGAUCUCUAUGAAGUGUGAGCAGGAAAAUAAACUUUUGCACUGAUGUAUCCCGGAUCUUUGAAAACUCCAUCCAGUACAUUCAUUUUAACAUCUCUGGUUGUGAAUAAAAAACAUAGUAGUGGGCUCUAUAUCUAAACCUUUGUAUGUAUACGGUGCUUUUCAAAAAGGUUCCUACCCCCUUACUUCUUCUUUGAUCGCGACUACUUUCAAAGCUAGAAUGCGGAGAAAUGGAUGUAUUUUUUUUAUAUACUCCAACUACCACGAAGGCCUAAGGCCUAAACACCCAUUGGGUACCGUGGGGCUAUAGGGGGAUACAGGGGAAAGGGGGAACGCCACACGGACUCUGGCGAGGGAACACGUGUGCAUGCAACAUGCACACAUUCUGGCUCCGCCUACGAGAUCCGCCGGGUGGUACCUCCAGGUUCGACAGUCAGAGACCGUCUACCACCUACGGACAAUGACAACAUCCAUAGCCAAGAGAAAAAUUUAUCCUGGGACGGGACUCGAACCCGCACAGCGCACGGCGACUGAUCAGGAGACCGAAGAGUCUACUACUGCGGCCACCGCUGCUGCCUGUAUAAGUGAUACAUGAAUACUCUGUUUUGGCAUAACAGUGGCGAAUGGGUACCAUUUUUGAAUAAUUUUGUGAUACCUCAUUUUGAAGCUCCUUAUGAGUACUUUAUAGCCUUAGAAUAUAAAAUGACUAUCUCUCAAAAUAACAGGCUGUCAAAGUCAAGCGUUUUUGACAUGUAGUCACUUAUAACUAAUUAUGGUAUAUUCCACUAAACACAAUUGUCAAAUAUCGGUCUAUUUUUUAACGGCAUGCCAUAUUUCAUUGCAGAUUCGGAUCGACCCUUCCAUAAGGAGUAACCUGAUUAAACACACACUAUAACAUUUUGAUAGAGAGUGAUUCUAUAUUCUAGGGUUAUAAGGUACUCAUAAGGUAUCACACCCUCCAUUUCAUUAAGAAAUAUUACAAGAUGACACCCACGCUUGCAAUUUUCAACUGUUAUUUUUACGUUACAAUAUAGUAUUAAUGCGUUAAUUCAAUCAUCCCGAAUUUCAGCUCCCUAACUUGACCCUUCGAAAAAUAAGUGGCAGGGGGGACCUUUCUUAAACGCACUAUAUAUUAUGAUACUGCUUAUUCAAUAUUAUUGGGGACUUUAGGACCUUUCUCAGAUCCAGAUCUCAGACCUGCUCGGUGUCGAAAAGGAGCUUCUUAGGUGUGAUGAUCAAUUUUGGAACCCUCUGUAUGUGAAAAAUUCAGGUAUGAGUGUACGAUAUACCUCCGUUGAGAUUCUCAAAGAUUAUAUUUGACUGUUGUUUGGUUCGAGAGUAUAUUUCUGUAUUAAGCCUAAGUUGAGAUAUUUAAUGUAUUUUUAUUGUAUUUUUGUAAUAGGCGUUUGGUCAAAAAUUUUGAACUCCAGCCUCUCAAAAAUUUCGAAGUAUAACGCCUUCUUCGUGUUACGCUUAAAGUUAAAUAUAUAUUGUAUUUUCCAGACUGAAGAAAUGCAAACUAUGUAUAAAUUAUAUGAGAAACGGGAAUCGGAUAUCACUUACAGGUGAUUUCCGUUUCUCUAGACCCUCCCUGAUCAAGUAACACUUAUAAGAAGAGGUAUAAUUACAAAUAUUCUAAUCUAUAUAUUUACCAACAACUAUAUUUUGUCAAAUUAUAAAAUGUUAAAAAAAUGUAAGAUAAUCCAUGUACUGAUUCUAUCUGAAUUAGAUUAGUGUAUUAAUGUAUUUCAGUGUAUGCAUACAGCAC